AUGGCCGGCACCGAAAUGGGCCUCAGGGGGCCCCUGGUACCGGCUUCUUGGCACUGGGGCGGCAGUCCUUAUCAACACAGCUUUCAACAAACCGCUGGCGGAGCAGCCGGCACAGCUGUUGCAGUAUCACAACCCACAGAGCAGCAUGGCCCUAAGGAAGAAGAAGUGCGCAACUGCGAUGAAGCUGCUGUUGAAGAUGGGAGUUGGGUAUGUUUCUGGUCCAUUCAACAGUUCCGAGAAAAGCGCUGUGCGCUGAUGGGUCCCCAGCGAUUUCGCUCGUACUUGGGAAUUGCGAAACUUGCAUGUGGCACGAGUCUAGCUGCAUUCAUCGCAGAUGACGGCCGCCUGUACUGCUGGAACUGGGGUCAAUGCGGCAGUAUGCAUGCAUGCAGCCCUCAGCUGUUGGAGGGCCGCAACUUAGACAAAAUGACUGUCGUUGAUGUGGCUUGUGGGGAGAGUCACCUCGCAUGCAUUACAGCUGAAGGUCGUGUCUUCACGUACGGCAGAGGGGACCGAGGCCAAAGAGGAAGCGGCAAGGUCACAGACGGGCAGCAACACGGGGGACCUGAUGAGGUGCUGUUCCCGAGGCAGGCGAGACAAGCAGCAUGCGGCGCCAACUUCACUCUCAUACUCACAGAUGAUGGGCAGCUUUACUCAUUCGGUGAUGGGAGCUACGGAGUCUUAGGAACAGAUGCUGUCUCGACUCGUUGGACUCCGACGAAAGUUAAAUUUCAUGACAGAAAAAUUGGGCUCGUAGCUGCGGGAAGGCACCAUGCAAUCGCAGUCACUGAUCUAGGGUGUACGUACUCAUGGGGACGGAACAAUCUCGGACAGCUCGGGUUAGGCCACAACGAUGACCGCUGGACACCUCAAGUGGUCUCUGAGCUUGGGGGCCAGCGCACUGUGCUGGUGCUAGCGUCGGAUGCCUCAGUGGCCGCCACAGCUGGAGGCGAUUUCUUCAUAUGGGGGGGUGCUGAGGGCAACCUCCCGGUGCCACUGGAACGCAACGACUUCGUGCAGCUAGCAGUAGGCGAUGCGGUGUACGGACUGACCGCAGAAGACAGCCUUUGGAUGCGGCCCUUGGGUUCUCUGUCGCAGACACUAAGUGCAGGUGUUGUACUGCCUGCAGCAGGCGUGACACUGAUUGCUGCUGCGGGCGAGCUGCUCAUGGGAGUUGCGCCUGGGUCUUCCUACAUGGAGACAGAGCAGCAGGAGCAACAGGUACAGGAGCAGCAGCAAGAGGAGGAACAAGGGGACAAGAAUCGGGGUGAAUGCGUGCAAGCUAUUGACCAAGACGCAUAUGCGGAGACAACUGCAACUGAUGACGCACUGCAACGAGACAUUGUAGACAGAAGGAAGAGAGUGUCCUUCUCGGAAGUAGUUGAAAGCUUUUCAGUACAAGCAGAAUCCACCAAGAGCCCCCGACGCAGCGAGUCAGGGGCCUCUCCCCAGCUAAAGAACAGGACUCGUUCCCUACCACCUUCUCGCCAGGCCAAAGGAGCACAAAAUGCUAUUAGCAGCAGAACCCGUUCCCUGAGCCCCGUAGAGUCUAAGGCUCGCGUCGCUGCUGCAGUGCAACAGCAGCCGUGUCUGAGGAAGGCAGGAGGAACAGCCGCUGCAGCAGCAGCCACGGUGAAGACCAAAGUUCGACAAAACCCCCUGACUCUUUCCGCUGCAGCAGCAGCCCCAGCAGGAAGACACUCGCCAACAAACGUGGCUGCUGCAGAGCAAGCAGCAGAGAGAGAAGGGAAAACCGCAGAUGUGGGCGUUUGCUGCAACAGCAGCGGGAGUAUCGGGAGCCUCUUGUGUUCACGCACUUGUCGAGCAGGUACAGCUGUUACGGAUGACGAGAUCUUCUCUGCGAGCACAACAACAAAUGCAGCAGCAGACACAGACACCUUGAGCCCUCUUCACAAUGCUUCGAGCCAUCAGUCCACACCUGAGUUUGGCUUUUCAGCCACAGGGAUGCCCUUGGGGGGCAGUCCAUCGAACGCCGAGCGCUUGGAGAAUGUAGGAAGCCCGCAUACACCUUGGAGCCCCGCGUGCGAAGCAAAAUCACCUAGUUUGCUCACUCCACUCAGAGACGGAGACCAACAAAUCAAGCACAAUGAAUUGCAGCUCCAGCAACAACAGCAGAUGCAUCAUCAAGCACAUCUACAGCAGCAACAGCAACAGAUACAACUGCAGCAGCUGCAACUACAGCAGCACCAGCCUCAGCAGCAGCACAUGCUUUCUCCGAUCCAACAGCAACUUCACAUGACUCCCAUGCAUGACCACCCACAGCAGCUGCAGCAACACCACCAACUGCAGCAACAAAGCCAACUGCAGCAACAGCACCACUUGCAGCAUCAACGCCAUCAAGAACCGCCGCUUCACCAGCCGCAUCUCUUGCCUGCUGCUGCAGAAACGCUAUCUAUUCCCUCCACAUUCCCCGAUUUGCGCCCGGCUGCCCCAUCAUCUCAACAGCCACUCCAGCCGGUGUCCCCUCUCUACCCCCACAGCGGCUACCCCAGCCAUGGUGUUUUACCUUGGGCAGCAGAGCACGAGCUUCAACAACAAUUUGGGAGCGAACGGAGGCUCGUGGGUCGUAGUGCGGGUCCUGGAGAAGCAGAUGGCUCACGAGGUCCCCUGCCUUCAGGCAGCGAAGUGGCAGCGCUGGCGCUGGGCCUAGAGCUACAGCGGCAGGCGUCGCGCCUGCGUCUGGAAAGCACAGCACCAACUAGUAACAGAAGCAGCAGCUGCAGCAGCAGCGCGCUGGAGUCGCAGCUGCAAUCGUUCAGACUAAAUGAACUGCCCAUGCUUUUGGCCGGGAGAGAGACGGCAAUUGCAGGAGAGUUAGCAGCACAGAAGGAAGCAGCAGAGCUGAGAAGGGCUCUAAGCUUGGCCAGAAAGGACAGCGCUGACACGGAGCAGGAGAAGCUCCAACUCAUGAAAGAAAUCAGAAGCCUGAAGUCGAACUUGGAAGACGCAAAAGCUGAAGCCCUAAAGAGAAACCAAACUGUGGAGGGACUGGAGGACCAGGUUUCUCGACAGAAGAAGCAAAUUGACCGACUGAAGACAGAGCUGGAGGAGGAGGCGUCACAAAAUCACAGAGACCUUAAACAGAUGCUAGAGAAAUUGCAUCUAACUGAAACGCGCAGGCAGCAAAUGCAUCAGCAGCUGCAGGAAGCACACGCGUACAUUCAUCAGUUGGAGGCUGAAAGGAAAGACGCCGGUCUGCUGCGUUCUGAGCUGGACAAGCUGAGAAAAGCACUGACGAAGGAAUCUACUGAAAAGGAGGAUCUUUGCAAACAAGCGGAUGCAGCAAUUAGUGAAUGGCAGAAUUCAUAUGCCAAACUGCAAACAGAAGCAGAGGAGGCGGCGGCGCUUGCGAAGAAAAACGAAGAAGUAGCAGCAGCUGCACAAGCAGAGUUGCAGCAAGCUAGGCUGACACAUGAAGAGGAGCGUAAAGCUCUGGUCAAAAAGAUAGACGACUCAGAGGAGGAGCGGCUAGCUGUCCAAGCCGAGAAAGCAUCUAUACACUCGAUAAAGCAGCAGCUUCAGCAGUAUGAAAAAGCAUGUGGCGAACAUACAGCAGAGCUAUCUGCUUUGAAGCGCACCGAGCAAAGAUUGAGGCGCGAAUUAGACGAAGCAAAGGACGAUCAAACCAAUGCGCAACUGUACAUUACAACUCUUCAGGCUGAGCUUGACAAGGCUUCGAAGGAAAUAUCGCAGCGCCAGGAUAAGCUGGAAGACUUGCAGCAGAAGCUGUUGGACCGAGAGAACGAAAGCCUUCGUCUAUUUGCUGCACAGCAGCAGGCGGAAAUUGAACUGCAGAAACUACGAGAAGGCCAAAGCGAUUUCGAGCUCGAGAUCCGCAGCCUCAAACAGACGCUGAAAUUGAAGGAAGAGACCAUCAAGAUGCGAGAGGAACAGGUGGCAGAAGAAAAGUCAAAGGCGAGCAGCUCCGUCCUUCUACAAGGCGAAUUGGAAGACUUGCGACAAGAUCUUCUCUUGUCCCGCGAGAAUGAGAAAAGUGUAUCUGCACAGCUGCGAGAGCUUCAGCAAUCCAUGGCCGCCCACCAGCGCAUGGCUGAAGAAGCGACUGAGACGCUGCAACACAAGGAACAAGAAAUCUGCGAUCUUCAGGCCCACUUCGAGACAGAAAUACAGACACUGAGACAAAACAAUGACCUACUUAAUGCAGACGUCAAUUCGAUGAGGGCUGCGAAUGAAAGGCUCCAAGAGAAGCUGCGAGGCGUUCAGGAAAUGGCAGAACACGCGCAGCAGCGCGACUCUCAGCUUCGCUCUUUUGUCUCCGUGAUGGCAUCCCACUUAGUCGCUUGCGCCGAGAUAUUCUCACACAAAGGCCUCUUGGAAGUGGACCGUUCUCGUUGUAUAGAUUUCAGCUUCAUUGAAUUUGAGGCCGAAAAGAAAAGCGAAAAUGAAUCGGAGGAAACAUGGGCCAGGGUGUGCAGCGCCGUGACCUACGUCUGCAGCUUGAAGCUCGGCAAAGUGUGCGAAAAGGUGAUUCAGAAGCUACAAGAUGAAGCCGACAGAGUGAACGCCAAAUUAGAAGAAACACAAGAGCAACUGAAAGAAAAAAUCAAUGAACUCUGCGGCAAGAACGCGUCUCUAGCUAAAGCACAAGAACUGCAGCUGCAAAUUGGAGCUCUUGAGGAGGAGUUUGCGCGCAAGCUUGAGCAGAUGAGCGAAAUAGAGAGGGCAAGUUGCUAA